AUGUCAGCCGCCAGACCCGACCACUUGGGCCUGGGCUUCUCGUCGCAUCCCGGAGCCACCCAGGGUCGCUCCGGCUCGCCAUCCUCCAACAAUAACUCACCUGUCGACUCCUCCUCCGCCUACUCAACCCGCUCCCACUUUGGCCUCACCUCUGGUUUGAACUCUACCGCAAUCAUGGCCGCCAACACGCGCUCCGGCGCCGGCUCCCCGUCCCACGAUCUGCCCGGCUCCAGCAGGCUAUUUUCCAAGCGGGCUCGCGAAAUUCAAGCACAAGAAGGCAUCUCUAGUAUGCCUCCCCUCUACCCUUGGGGCGGUCCCCCUACUAGCGGCAACUCAACCCCUCUCCGAGAAAAUAUCCCAGAGUCUCCCACCGACGGUUUUCCCGAUUUUGGCCAACUCCCUACAGCCGACAGCAUACCUCAGACGAGACGAGGUCGUGCCGGCACUCUUCCCUCCAGACUCACCACUCCAGGCACCCUCGGCGCUCCUGGCCUCCUCGGCGUCCCCAGCCUGCUCUCCGCCAAGUCUGCUCGUGCUACUCCUUCACAGAGUCCAUUCCACAAGUCGCCUUCUCCGACCCUCGACCAUCCUGAAAACGCCUCCGGUGCCUCUACCCUACUCUCUCGCCUUCGUGCCGGCUCCCUUCCUCAGCGCGGCAACUUCUCUGCCGCUCCUGGUACCGCACCCUCGCCUUUUGGACCCUCCAUCUUCAGCAGCUGGAAUCCCGCAAUGGGUGGCCGCGAACGUGCCUCUACCCUCGCCAGCAUUGCCAGCGUCGGCUCCAAUGGCCCCAGCUCUCCCUCUCAAUCGCACUUCUCACGAGACGGCGGGGAGUCGUCCGAUGCCCACAUGCGAACCCUCGACUAUCUCGGUCUCGCCGAGACUCCCCAGCCCCAGAUUGCUACACCCUACUAUGACUCUAGCAAUAGGCAGAACAGUCGAUUCCGCUCCUACUCAGUCAACAACAAGGAGCAGUAUGAUCACCGUGUAGAGGAAUACGUCGUCGACGGUGUCCCCAUUGACCAGCGCUACGUCGCCGUUCUCCAAGAUCAGCUGGACGCUACCAACGCCAUGAUCCGUGACCACAACAAGGCCGUCCAAGCCUUCGCGAUAAGUACCGCCAAUCGACCAAGAGCCCAGACUGCCAGUGUUCUUGAAAUUGCACCCCACAGCCGCGCCGUACAGCUCAACAUGAACGGUGGUGCUGCCGCCACUAACAACCUCAAUGCCGCCGAACGACGCCUCCACGAGGACACUGCCUACGACGAGCUUCCCCAGGCCGUUGCUGGCCUCAACCUCGGCCGAUCGAACAGUCGCAAUGCUGGGAUGCUUGGCCCUGAGGAGCAGGGCCUUGACGGGCCUACUAGUGCCCUCUGGCUCGGAGGUGUGCCUACCUCGACGACUACCUCUACCCUCAACGAGAUGUUUAAAUCCCAUGGCCCGAUCCUUUCGGCUCGCGUCCUCACCCACAAGAACUGCGGAUUUGUCAAUUUCGAGCGCGUGGAGAGCGCCAUCUCCGCCAAGGCCAGUAUGAAUGGAAAGGAAAUCUUCCCCGGCGCAGGCCCAAUUCGCAUCAACUUCGCCAAGCCUCCCUCCGCGUCCAACACCCCCGGGCACGACGGCGCCUUCCCCUCGCCCAGCCCCGAUCCAUUUGCCAAGGGUGAGGUUGCGCCGACUGGCACCAUCGGUGACGCUCCCGUUUCCAGCGCCACUCCUACCGUUCCUCCUUUGCCUGACAUGACGACCGACAUGCUCGAGAUAAUCGCCCAAUUCGGUGCCUCCGAUACCGACACCGCUCAAAUUUCCCGCAGCAUCCAAUCGGCCAUUCAGUUCACCGCCUUUGCCGAUGAGAUUCCUCCUAUCCGCGAACCUACGCACACUCGCGUGCACGAUGCCCCCAAGCUGCGCGACAUUCGCAAGCGCGUUGACAACCAGCUCCUCUCCCCGGCCGAGAUUGAAAACAUUGCCGUCGAGAUGCUCCCCGAGAUUUCCGAGCUCUCCUCCGACUAUCUCGGCAACACUGUUGUUCAAAAGCUCUUUGAUAACUGUUCAGACGAGCUGCGUGAUGCCAUGCUCACCGAGAUUGCCCCUCACAUGGCGGAAAUUGGCGUUCACAAGAAUGGCACCUGGGCAGCCCAAAAGAUCAUUGACGUCUGUAAGACGUCAGAUCAGAUGAACAUGAUUGUCGAAUACAUUCGCCCGUAUACGGUGCAGCUCUUCCUCGACCAGUACGGCAAUUACGUUCUCCAGGGCUGUCUCAAGUACGGCGCCCCGUUCAACGACUUCAUCUUUGAGACGAUGCUCAGCCGCAUGUGGGAGAUUUCCCAGGGACGCUACGGUGCUCGUGCUAUGCGCGCUUGCUUGGAGAGCCAUCAUUCUACCAAGGAGCAGCAGAGGAUGCUUGCCGCCGCCAUUGCUCUGCAUAGUGUGCAGCUGGCCACCAAUGCCAACGGUGCCCUUCUCCUCACCUGGUUCCUCGACACGUGCACUUUCCCUCUGCGCCGUACCGUGCUGGCACCACGUCUUGUCCCUCACCUUGUCCACCUAUGCACUCACAAGGUCGCAUACCUGACCGUGCUCAAGGUUAUCAACCAAAAGGCUGAACCAGAUGCCCGCGACACGAUCCUGCAUGCUCUGUUUUUCAACAACCCUGUUCUCGAGGCCAUCCUCAAUGAUCAGGCUUGUGGAGCUACCCUGAUCUUCAAGGUGCUGACGACGCCGUUUUUCGAUGAGACGAUCCGCUCGCGGGUGGUUGAGGCAGUCAAGAAUGUCCUGCUUAAUAUUGGCGCUCAGCCAAAUCAAGGCUACAAGCGGCUGAUGGACGAAGUUGGCCUCUCAACCCGCACUAGCGGCACUCCCAGUCGCGAAACCUCUGCUCCUGCUGAACAGCGCCGACCGACGUCCAGACACGCCAACGGCGGCGGCAACCAGCAAUCACAGCAGCAGCAGCAGCAGCAGCAGCACGCUGGAAAACCAUACUACAACGGCAACGCUGCUGCCCAGAACCCUGGGUUCGACAAUGGCUACAAUGGUCACAGGGCCGAUGGCGGAGACCCCAACAUGAUGCCUUUCCAGCAGUACAACCAGAACAUGAUGUACAGCCCCCCCAACGGGGCUAUGGCUCCGGGUAUGGGCAUGCCUCCCAUGCAAUACCAACAGGGCAUGAUGGCGAGAGGCGGCCCUCAGGCGGCCUACAACUAUGGGCCAAUGCAGGCACCGUAUGGCGGGUUUGCCAUGGGUCAGCCUGGGACUGACCAGUUCCGUCAACAAAACAUGGUACAGCCCAACCCCAUGCAGAUGCAGGGCGGCCAGGGUCAGUAUGCCCCUCCCGGGUUUGGCAUGCCCGUGGGUGGCUACGGAUAUCCAGGCAUGCCUGGCGGUGCCCAGGGUAUGGGUUAUGUACAGCAAGACCAGCCGAAUGGUAGACGUGGAAGACGUUAG